UCCAGCUUGUCGGAAAGCUUUGCGGUGCGGGCAAGUGCUGUGGGCCCGUUUCUGGGGUCUAGGGGUCGCCUGAGUCAGCCGCUGCAGCCAUGGCGGCCUCCACCGCGGCCGGGAAGCAGAGGAUACCCAAAGUGGCCAAGGUGAAAAACAAAGCCCCAGCUGAGGUGCAGAUAACUGCAGAGCAACUGCUAAGAGAAGCUAAGGAAAGAGAACUCGAGCUUCUUCCACCUCCGCCUCAACAGAAGAUCACAGAUGAAGAAGAGUUAAAUGAUUACAAACUAAGGAAGAGGAAGACUUUUGAAGAUAACAUAAGAAAAAACAGGACUGUGAUUAGUAACUGGAUAAAAUAUGCACAAUGGGAAGAGAGUCUAAAGGAGAUUCAAAGGGCUCGAUCCAUAUACGAACGUGCUUUGGAUGUGGACUAUCGAAAUAUUACACUCUGGCUGAAAUAUGCAGAGAUGGAAAUGAAGAAUCGCCAGGUCAACCAUGCCCGAAACAUCUGGGACCGGGCCAUAACGACGCUGCCUCGCGUCAACCAGUUCUGGUACAAGUACACGUACAUGGAGGAGAUGCUGGGGAACAUGGCAGGUGCCCGGCAGGUGUUCGAGCGCUGGAUGGAGUGGCAGCCAGAGGAGCAGGCCUGGCACUCUUACAUCAACUUCGAGCUGAGAUACAAAGAGGUGGAUCGGGCCCGCACCAUUUAUGAGCGCUUUGUUCUUGUGCACCCUGAUGUGAAGAACUGGAUCAAGUACGCCCGCUUUGAAGAAAAGCAUGGUUACUUUGCCCAUGCGCGGAAGGUGUAUGAGAGAGCUGUUGAAUUCUUUGGAGAUGAACAUAUGGAUGAACACCUUUAUGUUGCCUUUGCCAAAUUUGAGGAAAAUCAGAAAGAAUUUGAGAGGGUACGAGUGAUCUAUAAGUAUGCCCUGGAUCGAAUUUCAAAGCAGGAAGCCCAGGAACUCUUUAAAAAUUACACCAUCUUUGAGAAGAAGUUUGGUGACAGGCGGGGCAUUGAAGACAUCAUCGUGAGCAAACGGAGGUUCCAGUACGAGGAGGAGGUGAAGGCUAACCCGCACAACUACGAUGCAUGGUUCGAUUACUUGCGCUUGGUGGAAAGCGAUGCAGAGGCAGAGACGGUGCGGGAAGUCUACGAGCGAGCCAUCGCCAACGUGCCGCCUGUGCAGGAGAAGAGGCACUGGAAGCGCUACAUCUACCUGUGGAUCAACUACGCCCUCUAUGAGGAGCUGGAGGCAAAGGAUCCGGAGAGGACAAGACAAGUUUACCAGGCCUCUUUGGAACUCAUUCCUCAUAAAAAGUUCACAUUUGCCAAAAUGUGGUUACUGUAUGCACAGUUUGAAAUAAGACAGAAAAGUUUACCAUUUGCCAGAAGAGCUUUGGGAACUUCCAUAGGCAAGUGUCCAAAGAACAAGUUAUUUAAAGGUUACAUAGAACUGGAGCUACAGCUUCGAGAAUUUGACAGAUGCCGGAAGCUUUAUGAAAAGUUCCUGGAAUUUGGGCCUGAAAAUUGUACCUCUUGGAUUAAAUUUGCAGAAUUAGAGACAAUCCUUGGCGAUAUCGAGAGAGCCCGGGCCAUCUACGAGUUAGCCAUCAGUCAGCCACGCUUGGACAUGCCGGAGGUGCUUUGGAAAUCAUAUAUUGAUUUUGAAAUUGAGCAGGAAGAAACUGAAAGAACACGAAAUCUUUACCGACGAUUGCUUCAACGGACACAACAUGUCAAGGUAUGGAUCAGUUUUGCACAGUUUGAGCUGUCCUCAGGGAAGGAAGGAAGUUUGGCUAAAUGCAGACAAAUUUAUGAAGAGGCUAACAAAACCAUGCGAAACUGUGAAGAAAAGGAAGAGAGACUUAUGUUGCUGGAAUCUUGGCGAAGCUUUGAAGAUGAAUUUGGAACAGCAUCAGAUAAAGAGAGAGUAGACAAACUCAUGCCAGAGAAAGUCAAGAAGAGAAGAAAGGUCCAAGCUGAUGAUGGGUCGGAUGCAGGCUGGGAAGAAUACUAUGAUUACAUCUUUCCGGAAGAUGCUGCCAACCAGCCCAACCUCAAGCUCCUGGCCAUGGCCAAACUGUGGAAGAAACAGCAGCAGGAGAAGGAGCCUGGCGAGCAAGACCCAGAUGCGGACGCUGCCGAGCAGGAGUCCGAGCCUUCCUGUUCCUGUUAAGAGAUGUUUUACUAUUUUUAUAGAUGUAUAGUUUGGAACUCUUGCAACUCCUGUAAGUUUUUGGAUAUUUCACCAGUGAUGACUAAUUGAUGGGAAUCUUUGGCAGCUACUUUUGAAUUAUUUUUAAAAGGUUCUUGGGUUAGUUAGGGGUGGGUUGCAAGUAAAGGAAUUUUUUUAACUGUUGGAUUUCUUUGAGUCUCAACAUUUUGUGUUGUCCUAAUGCAUCAUGCAUUAGGAAAUCUCAUUAAGGUAACACUUAGCGUGUCUUUUAGAUGGAACUGCAAAAUUUUGAGAGUCUUUUUUUAGAAGUUCAGUUACAAAUUUCACAGUAACUUUUCAGGUGACGUUUUCUCAUGCUUGCCUUCUUCAUAAAGAUGUUUUAUGCGUUCAUCUGAAUCCUGUAACUUACUUACAUCUUAAGAGUCACACUGACUUGAGUUCCAUUCCCAGCUCUGCCACUUGGUGAUACAUAACCUUUAUUUUCAGCUUCUUCACUCAUAAAAUGGGCUUUUGCCAGCUCAUUUCGAAGAUUAAAUUAGAAAGGGAGUAUUCCUGGCACAGAGUAAGUGCUCAAUAAAAUGUUCAUUCCUGGCCACUUUCUUAAGUAUGUUCAUUCCUUGUGGAACUGAAUUUAACUUCUAAAUAGCUAUACCUUCUUCAUGGCCAUUUAUACUGUUUUUGAAAACACCAGUUAGAAAAUAAUUUACAGUUACUGUAUUACUGAACAAGGUAUUUUUUUUUACCAAAAACAUUUUAGUUGAAUUUCAGUUAUGCUGUAAUCAGUCUCCCAAACUGGUUGAGCUCUGCAGUGGCUUGUUUAAAGAAUAGUAAUGUAAGAGCUGUGAAAAACAAUGUCCCAUGCUUCAGUGAGUUUGGGAAACCCUAGGUUAAGGGUUAAGCCCUGUUGACAAAUCUCUUUAUAGUUAGGCUUCUCAGGGCCCUUGAUAACACUCCCUAUACGUUAUGAAUCCCCAGGUACAAUGCUGGCUGUGUUUCCCAAACUUAAUGGACAAGGGAAUCAUCUCUACCUAGAGCACCAAUAAAUGUUGCCUGGCGUGCCGCAGUAGACGGUGUACCUGUAAAACCUGACACGUUCAACUUAGCCUCGAUUUAGAACGUGAAAAACAGCUGAGGUAACUAUAUGCUAAGUCAUGAAACAAAGCAGCACAAGAUGAUAAUGUACUUCCUGGCUGAUAUGCUGCUUAUAUUCUCAGGCAAAAUAUACUUGCCUUAAUUAUCUGAGAGAUUGUUUCCUUUAAUCCAGCCUGUAUUUCUCAAGCCUAUUUUUUUUUUGUUCACUGCACAAGCUGUUUGACUAGAACCAUAUCUUUGUGUUUUUUUCGCCUAUAAGGCCAAUUAGCAAAUAUAUUGUUUGCAAAUUUAUUAUUACAUUUUCAAGUGUAUUAUUCACCCAAGGGAAUAAAAGCUAAUCAAUAUAGUGUUAAAUUGUAUCUUGAAAGUUGUUUUGGGGGCAGAAGGAAAUAGGACUAGCAGGUGAAAGCAACCUACUCUUAGCCUCGCUACUUCAGUCACCCGACCAGCUUCAGCUGCUGGGAUCACAGGCUCUGACUGUUGAGUUCCAAGGUCUGUCCAGUCUGCGAAGAGGAGCACUGUACUCUGAGUUGGCUAAGUGCACAGGGCCACGGGGUGAGAUGAAAACAGGCCAGAUGCGACUCUAAGUGACGAAUCAUAAUCGUGUUGUUUGUGUCGCAUGUGUGUGUAAGGGAAAAAACUAGCAGUCAAGUUCUCAUGUAAACUCCUAAGGCCACUUUCAGGCAGGUAACGUGCCAGUGUGAAAUGCAUGAAAGAAAAAAUUACUCUCCUGGGAGAACCUCACUUCCCUCUCACCCUCAACUCCACCAAAAUCAGUCCUUUCAAAAGUAACCGGGUUUUAAUAAUCAUUUCUGUGAUUUAUUUCGUUUUCUUUAGCUACUUCUACUCACUGGAUAUUUUCAGAUAUUGCAUGCAAUGAAAACUACACAUGAAAAUAUGUGGUUAGCCUGUCAUCUAAUUACAUGGCCUUUCUUUGGGAAUUAGGUUCUUUUUCCCCUUUAUUUUAGCAUCUUUUUGUAUUUUGAAAGGCAGGAUUUAAGCAAAGCACUGUGAGACUAGACAAAGAAAAGACCUGAGACCAGCAGUAUGGAAACAAGUAUCUGGGAAGAACUUUGCAGUAAGAAGGACGCUUAAGUGUGCUGGGCAGGGGCUGUCCAAGUAAGCAUUUAAACAAUGCUUUGUAUAUAAAUGAAAAAUGUAAGGGAAACAACAUACCCUAAAUGAUGACCUUCUUCAAUCCUGAUAACCUGAGGUUUAUAAAUGACCAACAAACUUCCAGAAAACACUCGAGUCAACAGUGCAUUUUAUUAUACAUCUUAGAUUUACACAUUUCAUAUAUGCUUUUAAAGCUUCAAUUAACAGUUCAAUACAAAAUAAAAAAUAUAUAUGCAGCAGUGGUUCUCAGGCACAGAAUUUAGGAGGAGAUUGGAGCAAGCUUUUUCCCUAGCAUACCAUGAAUAUUACAUUAUGAACCAUAACAGUGGAAUGUUUCCUUUUGACCUAGCUGCCUUUUUUGGCUGAAUUUUAUUACAGUGGACAGCUUUAGAAGGUAUGAUAUUGCUAAUAGGAAACAAGACUUAAGUUUAUAACCUGUUUUUUUCUUGAAGUCUUUAAGAGCUAAACGAUUCCCUUUUCUCCUAAUAGAGCUCCAGGAUCAUCUAAUGAAAAUAAUAUUGUCCAUAAAAUAUCUGGAGCAUCAUCAGCCUAAGAACCACUGCUCAUGGUUAUUCAAUGUCUUCCGGCCUCACAGGAUGAGGUAAUGGUAUGAUGGAUUUCUUCUCAGUGUCCCUGGAAAGUGCUUUCCUCAUAUCUGUUAGGAAGCAAAGUUUAAUGUAAGUACCCAAAUGUCAGAAUAUUUUAUAUCAAAUUUAAAGUUUAUAGGUUAAAAAAAAAACGAAGAGGUUUUGUCCCCUACCCCCACUUCUAUCAUACUCUAAGAGAAAUGUAUUUAUAAGUGAGAUUCUCAAUCACGAGUACACCAAACCCCAGCUGGGAUCCAGCUCUUCCUACAAAUGUUCUUUUGACAGAACGUUAGUAAAAUAAUGUGUCUGUACCAGUAAAACAGUAAUUGACGGUAACUGACCAAUGGUUAGUUAAUGUAAGUUAAUCAGUGGCAGGUUCAUAAGGGCAGGUUAAAGCAGAUUUAAAUAUUAUAGCUCAAAUUUUAAAUAUGAUUCUCUUAAGUGUAUUAAAAUAGCUGAGUAUUUCAGUCUGUAGGAUGAAUGUAGACAUUCGGCUUCCUCUCGGGGAUACCACCCCAGAAGGGAGCUCACCAUAAGCAUCCUCAUCGGGCUCCCCGUUGCUGGCCGAAUAGUACUCUAUGACGGUCCUGUACACACUGUAGCCUAACUGCUUGUACAUGUUGACUGCAACUUGGUUAGACACUCUUACAAAGAGAUCAACAAAAAAUCCACCCUUUCUGUAAUUAAAAAAAAAAAAAAAUUAGGAGAAGUCCUUGAAAAUAAUAAUACUUACAUAAUCUUUAAAACUACUUUGAAUUCUAUUCAUAGGAUGGUACUAUGAAACCCUGCAGCCAAUUACAUCAUGUUAUCAAUUUUUACUGCUGAGGAGGAUUUAUGGCAAUUAUUUUGCAGUACAAAAAGAUAACUGUAAUGUUUCAAAACCUACAGGUUUUCUUAAAAGAUAAACUUUGAAGAAAGCAUUUUUUUUUACCACAAUUCUGUUACCUGGCUUUAGAAAAAUUACUGUGUAUUUGAUACUAUAGUAAUUGAUAUGUUCAUUUUAUCAAUUGGUCAUACAAUAGUCUCACCCAUAUGCACAAAUUAAAGGUUUUGAAGAAAGCACCAAUGUGGCCUUGUAUAACUACAGGACACUGGUCCCAGCUCUGACGCCCUUGGGUCCCUCUAGUCAGUGACAGCCCCUUUCUUACCCAGGCCUCCAUGUCCUUCGUGUGAUCAUCAGCGCCUUGCUAUAUGCAGUAGACUUACCACCUGUUCUGGUUUAAUUUCUGCUGUUUGUGAGCUGAAUGGAGUCAUACUUUUUCUACUCUUUAGUGACUCGCCUCUCCGUCGGUACUGAGUCAGCCCCGGGGCAGCUGGAGCUUGUCCAUCCUCCCUGUGUUUAGUGUGUCCCUGUAUGGACACACUAUGAGAUGUCUGUGGUCCUAUACAUUAUCAACUAUGCUGCUACGAGUAUUUUUGUUGUGUGUCUCGUGGUACAUUAUCUAAGGUCUGUAGGAGCCUCACUGCUGGCUCACAGGGACACCGUCAUCUUUAUCAGAUAAUGCCUGUCUCCAAGCCCACAUGCGCCACCUGACACUCCCACAGGACGGGGUGGGGGGUAGACUCCACCCCACAGGGGUGGCUUGGAGCAGCUGACAUUUUUAUUUUUGAAAGUCUUAUGAUACAGUGGCAUCUUGGGGCAAUUUUAGCUGGCAUUUCUGAUUACUAACAAGGCUGAUUAUAUUUGUGUCAGCCAUUUAGAUUUCUUAUUCUGUAUGGUCUUUAUUGGUCUUUCACACAUUUUUAACCCCCACCUGUAGUUCUCUGUAUUCUGGAUAUUCAACCUUGUGUAAAGGAUGGUGCAAGUCUUUUCCCCAAUUUGCAAAUCUUUUUCCAAUUUGUGGCUUGUCAUUAUCCUUAUGUAUCGUUUGAUGAACACAGUUACCGCACUCUAGUGAAGUUGAAUAUAUGAACCUUCCUUUUACAGUUAUCACUUUUUAGGGCUUGAGAAGUUCUUUUUCUACCCUGAGGUCAUGGAGACACUCUCCUUUGAAGGUGCUCCUAAGGGCUUUUUAAGUUUUGCUCUUCACAUACAGGUUUUAAUAAAUAUGGAAUUGAUCUGUGUAUGAUAAGGUACUAAUGUGGGAAGUGCCACCAUAUUUAUCAGAAAGUGUAUCCUUCCCCACCCCUGAUCUGCAGUUGCCUCCUCCAAGGUGUGUCUAAAUCCAUGUGUUCCUGAGUCUGUCUCAAAUUCUGUUCCACUAGCCUAGACAAUCACUCCCCUCACUUUUUUGUUGUUCAAGAGUGUUUGUUUGACCUCUUUUUGGCUCCUUCCAUUCCCUGUAAGUUUCAGAAUCAACAAGUCGCACGGAAAAGACUUGAGAUUUGGGCUGCAGUUACGCUGACUCUGGAUCAGUUACCUGUCUACUGUAGAGACGGGUAACUAUGCUGCAGAGGCAGUUCCUCUCUCCACUUAGGUAGGUCAUCUGUACUGUCUCUGGGUAAAGUUGUAUAAACUUCAGAGAGGUCCCGCACAGCUUUGUUAGAUUUCUCCUAAGGGCUUAAUGUACUGAUGCCAAUGCAAAUCACACCCUCUUCUAAAUGUUACUGUUUGUAUAGAAAAGCAAUUGAAUUUAUACUAACUUUAUAUCCAACAACUUAGCUUAACUUUUAUUAAAAUUCUAAACAUUUGUAGAUUCCUUCCUGUAGGUUUUCUGUUUGUACAAUCUUACCUAUCCAAAAUAACAGUUUUGUUUCUUCUCAAUCCUAUCUUUUAUUUUUCUUGCUUCACUUAUAUGGCAGAGGAUUUCCAGUAAAUUACUGAAGAGAAGCUAACUUUAGGCAUCCUGUCCUGUCCCGGAAAGCAUUCAAUGCAUCACCACUCAUAUUUACUACAAGUUUUCAGUUUUUCAGGUUAAGUAAGUUUUCCCUUUCUAUUGCUAACAGUUUUUAUAAAGAGUUAACACUGGAUUGUAUCAAAGCGUUUUCUACAUUUAUGGAGAUAAAAAAUAUUCUUCUUCAGCCUAUUAACUGGUAGAAUACAUUCUAAUAUUAAAACAAACUUCCCCUGAUAUGUCAUCCUUUUCAUCUUCAGCCUAUUAACUGGUAGAAUACAUUCUAAUAUUAAAACAAACUUCCCGAUAUGUCAUCCUUUUCAUGAAUUGCUGAAUCCAUUUUGCUAAGAAUUUUCUGGGACUUCGCAUCUGUCAUGAGAUUUUCCUUCCUCAUGUCUCUUGUCAGGUUUUGUGAUUGUUCCCUUUUUGUGUGUGAAAGUAAACUUAGUGUCAUUAUUUCUUAAAUUGUUGGUGAAAUUUGCCAGAGAAGCCAUAGCUUUCUUUGUGGAAAGAUUCCGGCUACUGACUGAAAUUAGUUAAGGCAGGGGUCAAGCUUGCAACCUAUUUCUAUGCUGCUCUCAAGCGAAGAAUGGUUGUUUACAAUUUUGAAGGGUUGUUAAAAUACAUAUAUGAAAGCAAUAGAGACCUUGGGUGGCCUGUCAAGCCUUACCGUUUACUGUCUGGCCCAGAAAAGUUUGUUGACCCCUGUUCUGUACCCUUAAUCAAUUUCUGAUUGUCCUAACAAUUAGGAUGAGGCAUGUUUGUAUCUCUAAUUAUGAUUUGUCUGUUUCUUCUUGUAGUUUUGUCAGUUGUUGCAUUUUUACUUCGAAUUUGUCACUGGGUACAUAAAAUUUUUAAUUAUUA